UGGGAUUUAGUUUGCGACCUCGGCUACAUAGCGCAGACGACACAGACGCUACUCGUCGUCGGUGUCAUGCUUGGAGCGGUUCUCUUUACCGCACUAUCCGAUCGAUUCGGUAGGAAACCGAUCUUCCUACUCAGCCAGUGGUGCAUGGUGGUCGUCGGUAUUGGAACGGCCCUUAGUCCUAAUAUAUACUUUUUUUGCGCCAUGAGGUUUCUAACAGGAGCCUUGCAGCAGGGGAUCCUCUUGACCGGAUUUGUCCUCGCUUGUGAGCUGUUUGCAGCCAAGCACAGAACAUUUGCGGGAACCAUCAUCGAAAAUUUUUGGGCGGUGGCCUGGUGUGUCUUUCCACUCUUCGCUUUCCUCUUUAAGAACUGGCAGUACCUACAGAUAUUCAUCAGUCUCAGUGGAAUGUUUACUAUCCCUCUUUACUGGUUGCUACCGGAAUCAGUUCUAUGGCUAUCCGCGAACGGCAAAAUACAGGAAGCGGAAAGAGUAAUAAAGAACGCCGCCAAGAUGAACAAAAUCAUGAUGCCAGAUCCCAUCCUGGACUGUUCCGCCGAUGCAAAGGACGGCGAGGUUGGGAAGAAAAUUAGGAGUAGGAAGGAGAGAUUGAUGAAAAUCUUUAAAAAGGAAGAAAAAACUGAAGGUUGUGAUGAUGAUGAUGAUGAUGAUGAUGAUGUCUACUACGGUCUGUCGCUUAGUACCGCCCAACUUGCUGGCAACAGGUAUUUGAAUGGAUUCUUGAACGCCGUAGUGGAAAUACCGGCUUAUACCUCGUCAUAUUUUGUACUGAAAAGAUUCGGAAGAAGAUAUCCUUUGAUAGCUUAUCAUUUAAUAGCGGGUCUUGGCUUACUCGCCAAUGCUUACCUUGACCAUCCGCAAUACGAGAAAUGGCUGCCGGCAAUAAUCUUAUUCAACAUGCUUGGCAAAUUCGGAAUUACCGGCUCGUUCGGUAUCGUCUUUCUCUACGCUCCUGAAAUCUUUCCUACUACUCUGAGAAACCAAGCUCUUGGCAUAGCGUCAUUGUUCGGUAGAGUUGGAAAUAUGUUAGCCACCUUCAACUCGUACUUCCUGGAAACACACUCCGCACUUUCUGGGUCUUUGUUCGGAGUUCUAUCAAUAGCCGGCGGUUUACUAGUCCUAUUUUUACCAGAAACUCUAAACAGACCCCUGCCACAAACCAUUGAAGAUAUCGAGUCGUGGUACAAAAAACCUGAUCAGGAUCAACAACAGAUGGAACCUCUGGAAAAGAAGGGUGAGAAAAAUGAGGAUGGUGAUGCUGCUAAGAAGGUUCCGUCUUCUGAUGAAGUUUUGGGGUGA